AAAAAUGCAGUUGAAGGGUUCAAUGAUUCUGUUAAAAAAAAUCUUGAUGAUGUGGUUACAAAAAUAAAUAAUAAACUUGAUAAUAUUAAUAUUGAAGAAGGAGAAGUUAAUUAUGAAGAAAUUAAAAAAAAGACAAAAGAAGCAUAUACAGAAGUAUUAGCUGAGGUUCAGGAUUUUUUACCAAGCAUCGUUCCAGAUGUAAAAUCAUUGUUAACAGACAAACCACCCCCAACAGAAUUUACUUAA